GGAAAUAGAUUUCUACAAUUCGUGAUCGCUUCCGAGUUUAGUAGAAGUACUCCCCUCACAAAUUAUCGAUAGAAAACAUAAUCUAUAGAAGGGUAGUUCGAUUCAGGGAGCUACAAUGGCUCGAGAAUAUGACCAUUUAUUUAAACUAUUAAUUAUUGGAGAUAGUGGUGAGUAACAGCAUCCUAAUUACCAAUAUUUUGACUUGCAAUUGUUAGCAAAUUUGUUAAGUAAGCUUAAAAUGAUAGUAAAAGAAUAGUACUAACUGCUAACUAGUCUAGCUUAUUAAGUUACUAACUAAUAAACUAGCUAGUUAUUAGUCUUAAUAGCAAUAAAAACUGAGGCCUGUUUAUUUAUAUUUAAAUUGUUCAUAUUCAUUGCAAACCUUUGCUUAGUGCUUAGUCUUGCUUUCAGGACUUAAAACUAACUACUAAUAAUAGACUAAUACUAACUUAUAGUCAUCGUCAGUCAGAGUGCGUGAGGCUUUUAAUUUUAAAAGAUAACCCACUAAGCCUACUUUGUCUUGAAUCAGACUUAGUACAGUUAUAGGCCUGACUCUAACUUAAAACUUACUAACUUACCAACCACUUAGACCCACUUAAUUUAGUAGGCUACAACUUAGAACAGAAUCAUGUUAAAAUUACAAGCCAUGGGCUCCCAAAAUCAAAACGAACCAGCCUACCAAACUGGCUUAUACCCAUAUACUCUGCUAAACUAAAAAUCUUAGCUUAUUUAAAUUAAUCAUUAUAAGUUGGCACUAGAUAUCUAAAAGUAUGAAGUGCCAAGGUAGGGCAUACAAGCGGUAAAUUUUGGAUUAACAGUGUGGGUUUUGCCAAGAGUUUUCUCACCCUAAGCGCAGUGACGUCACUUUGGGGAAUCCCAACACUGGGCUUUGGGUGAAAUGACCAAUUAUUUGUAGAACCUGAACAAUGUAUGUGAAAACAUUUCUGUUCUUUACUUAGCAUUAUUCGUGUCAUAAACAAUUGACAAUAUGGUUAAUAUAAAGUAUAGUAAAAUUAAAUUUUCCAUUAAUUUGUGUUAAAAUUCAACGUACACUUUUUCAAAAUAAAGGAAAGGAGGAAACACAUCCUUGCUGAUACCCCAAGACGGAACACCCGCGAAAAAAAGAUGCAGGCCAAAAGGGCUGUCUUUUGAUUAGUUGAAAAUCAAAAUGCCGUAUGUGGCAGCUUUGGUACCAAAAGGGAGAUUACUGCUUAAAUUGCAUUUGGAAUGAUAUUCUUGACCUUACCGCCAAGGGGUCGUUAGCAAAUUACGUCAUGCAAAAAAUUACCUUUUUAGACCCCCCCCCCCGGUCACAAAGUGUCACUAAUUCUUUACCCCCACCCCUUAGUGUCACGUCACACCUAAAAAAUCAAAACAUUCACAUUACCUAUAAUACCUGAGGCAAUUUCGACCUCAAAUUUAUGUUUUUAAAAUUAAUUAAAUUAAUUGAAUAAAGAUUUUUCAAAAUUAAAAAAUUUUAGAUUAAAAAUGUAAAAAAAAAAAAAAUGGUGGCGUGCGUCACAAAUUUUUGAUCCCCAUUCCUCCCCCCGUCACAAAUUCCUGAAACCAAACACCCCCUCCAUACAUGCCAACCUAAAAACCUGGAAAUGCGUUUAUGCGAGGGGGAAAGGGGUAACCUCUGGUUAUCAAUACCUCUAGCUUUCCUAUAUUUAUUGGAUCUAUUGUUUAGGUUUAGUCAAAGUGAGCUAUUGGGCCUAUAUGUCUAAGUAUACAUCUGACUACUCGACACUAAAGUCACAAAUGCAUGCCAGUUCAAUUGAACAAAAAUAAAUGAAGUUUUAAAAAUUGCUUUGACAUAGUACUUUGAGACCUUAAUUAGAUUAACUUGAUAUCUUGUGUUUUUGAUGAACUCUUUCCACAGCUUUUAAUAUAAUCACACUUAAUCUUAAAGAAUUAUUUUUAUAUUUCACAUUCCAGGUGUUGGGAAGAGUAGUUUACUAUUGCGAUUUGCAGACAAUGUAUUUUCAGGUAAGUUAUUGCACUUUCUGUUAAUAGAAGUGUGGCAAUGUGCCACUUUUUGUAAACUGCAUUUUGAUAACAUUUUUGUAUGUGGCUGGGUGCCACCUAUGGGACAAAGAAAACACACUCCUGUGACAUGAUUUUUUAUCCAUGUUCACAGUCACUGACCUGGGCAUACCUGUCCCACAGUGAACUGGUAAACAGCUCGUGACGUGGACAUCAUUUUUAGACUACAUGAGGCAGUGUGGAUUUAAACCCGGGGACUUUUUGUUAUUUCUGAGCUUUUUACGAGUAGUCAGCUGUGUCUGAUACUGAGUGAAUACAUUUUAGCUAUUUUGUGUGAGAACAGAUACUUCGAGUCGGCUGACAUGUGAGAGAUUUGACUGUCAACGGAUUGUACCUGAAGAAUAUAAAGCUAUAGUCCUCAGGCCUGAUUGUUAGUUUGUGAUUUUUAAACUGUAAGCCACACACCAUACAGUUUAAGAAGAAAAAUGUUCUUAUUAUUUAAUAGAAUGCAGUGGAUUCAUCUUUGUCUCUACCAGGAAAUGUCAUUAUCAUCAGUGUAGACACAACAUCAGCUAGUAGCUCCAAAUUAUUGCAAAUAUUUUUUUUUUUUUUCAAAAUUUUAAAAAUUUGACCUUCUUUGCAUGUCAAAAUGAUUGAGGCUCUAUUCCAUGAUAUGAUGAGUCCCCAGGUGGUGUGUGAGUCCUAUUUACGCCUGGAAAGUUUGCCCACAUGUAGGACACAGGUUUUUUGGGGUCCAAGUGGUAUUGGAGGCAGUUCUGCUUUUCCUUAAAGUGCGAUUUAAUUUGGGCAUAAGCGGUGCAAUUACAUUCUGAUGAGUGUGCUCCCAUGAGUCUGCCGCACCAGCUUGUGUCCCAUGACUGUACAUCAGUUGUUAAGCAUGUUGUUAUCUGGCAUGCUCGCAACACAUCCAUCCCAUCUGUAUUGUCCUUUUUGUAAGAAUUUGUGGAUGCUGAGAAAGUCUAACUGUUGUAGGACUUCAAUAGCAUGCACUUGGUGUCCUGUUGACAUAUGCCAAGAAGCUUACGUAAAUAGCAUAGGUGGAGAUGGUUUAGUUGUCUAGCAAGUCUGCUGUACACUAUCCAUGUCUUGCUGACAUAUAAGAGAUUUUUUAAAGUUUUAUUGCCCUAUAUACCUUCAGCUUGGUAAUAAGUUUGAGACCCCUUCCCUCUUAGACACUCUUUCAAAGUUUUCAAAUACGGUUCGGCAUUUGCUUUUGCAAUUUUAUUGUUGAUCUUAACUGUAAUGUCUGUAGAAAAUAGGUUUUAGCACAAAUUGUAUUUAUCUUAAUUUACUAAACACAGAGAAUAAUAUGGGAGAAGAUUGUAAUCAGGUUGUAAAAUAAGGUAACAAUGGAAUCAAUUACUUUUGCGUCUUUGAAAAAGACUUUUGGUCAGCAUUUUUGUUGUCAUUUUUAAAGUUGUCACUUGUCAUAUCACAUACAGUGGGGUUCUCAUUUCCUUAACUAAAAUCCUUAAAUAAGUUAUAAUUUAAGUACGAAAUUAAUUUUGAAAUGCGUGAGUGGACCAUGUAUGGAAAAAUGAGCCUGUGUUGUCUGGUGUUUAUAAAACCUGAUAGCUUUGAGAGAUACUAAUUUACUAAGAAACAUUACACCAGACCUGUUUACCCUCAAACUCUUAAAAUCAUACAAUAUCAUCACAAAAUCGUUCAAUACAUUAUCUUAAAAAAUAGACAUACAGUAUAUAUAAUGUAUAGACCUCAAAAUCAUACAUUGUACGCCAAAAUCGUAAGAGUAAACUGGUCUGUUACACAUUUCACAACACAGAUCAUUUGAUGAUAAGCAAAAAUUUGCCACUAUCACCAAUGUUCCCUCUAAGGUUUGCUGGUUCCUGUGCAAAAUCAUACAGUUGUGUACAAAGUUUUACAGCAUCAAUUUUUUUGUGUGCAAAAUUUUACAACCCACAAACACAACCACACACUUACAUGGAAAUUUGCUGCGUGGAAAAAGGAAACAUUGACCAUCACCUGUGAUACUUUAACUGGUGUAAAAUUCUCGAACCAGUCAUCCUGAUAGAACCGUAUUUCAUUUUUCAACAUUGCCAUGAUAUUAGGAUACUCUUUUAAAAGAUUAGGAUGCAUUUCAUUGUAAAACUGCUUGUAUAACCUAUCAUUGCUUUUGCUUAAUUUUUUAAAUAAUUUGGAUAAAGAUUCAGUAAGAUUUCAUAACAGUCAUCAGACAAAUAUUUCAUUUCCUUUAUUAAUGCAGGUACAUACAUCACGACUAUAGGUGUAGAUUUCAAAAUCAGGACAAUUGAGGUCAAUGGGGAACGGGUAAAAUUACAAAUAUGGGACACAGCUGGACAAGAGCGUUUCAGAACAAUCACAUCAACGUAAGUGUGCAUUUGAUCAACAUUUAUUUAAUGUGUGUCAUUAUAAAUACUAAAAUAGUUACAACUUAUUGUAAAUAAAACGUUGAGGGAGUAUUGUCCAUUUUUGUCGUUGUGUCUUUAUUAAAGCUUGACCCCGGCCUUAUGAGCCUUCAAUUCAUUUAAGGUUUACCUGAUGGGUUAUACAUUCAGUGUAGUUGAGGCAUACACAUUUUUAAAAAAAUAAUGUUUAUUGAGUUUGUAUGCUUAUUUCAUUAAACUUGUAAAUGGAGAUUUCAAAAAUUUCGGAUAUCACUGAAACAAAAUAGAUGUGUUAAUUUUAAAUUAUCACUAGGGCUACCCCCACACCUAUGUCACCUAUGAUUUCUGGAAACCAAUGUCUGUGAAAACCAAUUUUAGUGAGAGCACUGUCUUUUUUCCGAUGCUUAUUUAUCUAAAAGCCGUUCAUAUAAAAGUCUACAGUAGAGAAGUACAAAAGCAUAAGAUUGUUUAUCUCAUUAUCAUUCACUAAAAGUAUAAUACUGAAGAAAUAUUAAUGUUGUAUCCUCCAAGUUUUAAUGGGGGUUUUGGUGGACUUUUUAAAGCAAUGGAAUUGGGUUGAAAACAAUUGUUUCUAAAUGCACAUAACAGUGUGUGGAAAGUUGUGGUUUGGGGGGGGGGGGGCAGCUACAAUCAGGACCCAUCAUAUUUUUAAAAACAUACAUAUCUCAGAUAUCAAAUAAAGUAGCCUCUUAUUGUGUCAGAUUAUUUUGGGUAAAACAUUUCUCAUAGUUUUGUGUGCAAGACCUAGUUGGAUACAGCUAUAUAAUAUAGAUAUGCAUCGCUUUGACAUUCAAUUGGCCUUCAAAAAGUUGGGGGGGGGGGGGCAGCUACAAUCAGGACCCAUCAUAUUUUUAAAAACAUACAUAUCUCAGAUAUCAAAUAAAGUAGCCUCUUAUUGUGUCAGAUUAUUUUGGGUAAGACAUUUCUCAUAGUUUUGUGUGCAAGACCUAGUUGGAUACAGCUAUAUAAUAUAGAUAUGCAUCGCUUUGACACUCAAUGAGCCUUCAAAACAGCAAGCAGCCUUCUCUCUCAUAUCUAUUAAAAAAUCUUUACAUGAGAUAUUUGUGUCAUAAUAUGUAAACGUUAUCUAUGGACUUAUCUAAAAAGAAAAAUGUUUUGCUGUUUCAUUUCCAUAAAGUGUUUUGUUUCUUUUUUUGUAUAAAAAAUAAAGUCAAAAUAAUAUAUUUUUUUCCUGUGUUAAUGAAGUUGUUACACAAACAGGUUCUUAUAUUAAGGAUUUUAUUUGCUAUAAGUUGUUUAUUAGUGUCAUGUAACUGAUUGGCGAAAAUUUGUCUGGUCUAUCCUGUGUUUAAACAGGAUACUCGGUAUGCCAAUUUAGUUGGAGUAGCAGGAAGUAAAAAUCUAAAUGCUUUCAUGCUAUGCAUUGUUAACUUUGUAUGGAUAUCUAGGAAGUAAGCCAUGGCCAUAAGCUUGCAUACAUGAAAGACUUUUGUCAAUCCUUUAUCAAUCAUAUCUAUUUUAGCAUCAUUUUUCCACAUUACAAAUCUUUUAGUAGAACUUUUAGAGAGUAUCAUAGUACACUUGUAAUCUGCUGUUUUUGAAAUUUGUUUAGUUAACCUUUGACAAGAGCUUGUUGCAGUUGUGUAUACCAUUACCAUUCAUGAAAAGAUAACUGUGCACACUUAUUACAGAUGUGUUUUGGAAUUUGGCCCCAGGAGCCACAUGAGCUUUACACACAAAAAAAUUAAGUGGGAAAAACUACUUCAUGAGCUCCUUGGAUAAACUCAUUAUUUAGAUACUCUGAAAUAGUUUUCUAAAAAAUAAGUCUUAUUCUCAAGUUUAAGCUUUAAUGCCUGCCAUUGUGGGAGUUUAUCUACAGCGACACUGUCUAGUACCUGAAUGAUUCUGUAAAGCUCCUCUGCCCUUUGGCAGUUAAGAAAUGAUGUAACUAUGUGCCUGCACAUUUGUAUAAAUGCUUUGCUUCUCAUAUACUGAUCCCAAUACUUAUGUAUGGCAGAGUCUCUAUUUAUAAAAUUGAGAAGUACUUGGAGGAAUUAAUAAAUCCAUUUUUUAUAUGUUUAAAAUGCACAAAAUGUAUGCAAACAAUAAAUGGUGCAUUGAUACCAAUUUUUUAUUUUCUUUUUAGCGUUAAUCAUAUAAGCUCUAAAAAUAAACAUUUAAGUCUUGUUGUAUUGAAUGAUUUAUUGAUAGUAAUAAAGCCUCUGUAGGUAACUUGUUUACUAAGUGUAACUGUCUUCCCCAUAUUAUCUCAGCCACAUAAAGCUGCUUUACCCCAAACCUGUACUUAAAUGUUCUUAACAGAUUUCGGCUAUGCAUAUUAUUGCAUUUGUUUAGGACAACAUGAAAUAACUAAAAUGGGAUUGUAUACUGAAACUUUUUAACUAACCCGCAACAAACUGGUGUCUAGUCAAAAUAAUACAGUUAUUAUUUAACAUUCAGUAUAUUUUAUUUAGCAGAUUGACAUGGUGUGUGGUUGUGAUCAUGUGUCUGUAUCAUGAGUUGAUGAAUAGUUUUGUGAGAGCUGGUCAUGUCCCCUAGUCGGGAUAUGCAAGGUUAAUAAGCUAGUGAGGUGUUUAAAUGCUGGAUGAACAUGGGGCAAGACUUGAGGUCUUAGCUAUUUGGGGAGUUCUAAAGUUAGUUAUUGUUUUAGUGCUAGAGGUGCAAGUCAUCAUUGGCCAUUGUGCAGAGCGUAUUGUUGAUUUUAUAGAUGAUGUUUUGUGAACUUAUCCAGUGCGCCUGUGUAAAUUUAUUUAACUUUAGUAUUUUCAACCUGGUGUUUUUAUUGCUUGUUAUCAUCCAGAGUGGAUGGGAGGACAAAAAUAUACCCAAGAAUUGUGUUUUUCACCAAGACAACAUAUAUCCUAUUAAAAUGCCCAUUCAGUAAAAAGGCUUACUACUGAAGUUUGCUACGCAAUUAACUCGUCAUAUGGAGAACGUUCGCUACACAUAUUUUUUAGCAAAUGUAACAGUGGAAACAGAUUAAGAAUUUUAUUUGAGCAGCUGUCGUCAGUUACAUGUAAUUCUUCAAACCAAGAUGAUCUACUCUGAUAAUUAAAACAUUGAAAUUAUGCAUUCAUUGGUAACUGCAUUUGCUGUUUUAUAAAUGGUCAGGCAUUUGAAGCAAUGCUGGGGUUCGGAGGGCUGGUCACUUGUUCCAUUCUACAGAACACUUUUAUGGUGACUCUUCUGUGUGUGUAACAGUAACUUCAUUCUAAAACUUAAUUCUCCUACUUAAUGUGGAUCACAUCAUUUCUGUGUACCAUCUCCAGAUACUACAGAGGAACACAUGGAGUGCUUGUCGUCUAUGAUGUAACAAGUGGGGAAUCAUUUGCUAAUGUGCAAAGGUGGCUUCAUGAAAUUGAUCAAAAUUGUGAUGUUGUCAAUAGAGUAUUAGGUAAGUGAAUACCAUGUCUAAAGAUACGAUCUUACAUAUUUUAUUAUUGAAGUUUAAUGUGCUCUAUAGGUGGAACUCACAGCCAGUCCACCAUUUUAUCGUUUGGUCAUUUUGUUUGAAGCAAUGAUGUCAUCAGGAAAAAGGAGUACCUGUAAUCAACCAUAGAAAAACAAACAGUUUUCAUUAUUAUUUAAAAGAAUAAAAUAAAUCUGUUAGCUAAUUGUAAACUCUAUUGAUAAGUAUAAUUUAACAUCUAAUAGCCACUAGGUUUUAAAAAGGACCAUUAUUGUUACCACAGUAAUUGUGGUUCAAGACAGGCACGAACAUAACUUGUAUUAGUUCAUGCUGUACCAUGAAAAUUAUAUUUUGUCGUAUAGAUAUCAAUAGUAAUCAAUGUUUAGGUUUUUGCACCUACCAGCAGUAGUCAGUGAAAAAAGAAAUGUUAUUUUUUAACAUGACAAACAAAUAUCAUGUUUUAACCAACUUUUGAACAAAAGUUUAUAAACUUUAGUAUAAUAUUUUGUGAUAAAAAGUAAUUAAAGAAUAGAUAAUUAACUAGUCAUUUAGCAGGUGAUGGGGUGCAAGUUAUGAGCAGUUCAGGCUGUUAAAUGCAUUUGAUGUUGUGUUAUUUAAGUGGGGAACAAAGACGAUGACCCAGACCGGAAAGUGGUUCUCACACAAGAUGCCCAAAGAUUUGCAGAGCGUAUGCAGAUUCAACUCUUUGAGACAAGUGCAAAGGAAAAUAAAAAUGUAGAAGAGGUAUAGUAAUGAUUUCCAUUGCAUUUGUUUGAACUUGAUAAAUAUUUAUGUAUUAAAAUAGUUAUCAUAAAGUUGAUUCCUCUUACAUAAAAAAUUAAUAGUAGCAUAUUUUAUUUGAAAUGAUUAAACUUAUAUUUAAAGUAAUUUGUUUUCUUUUUCAUUCCUGUGUCAAUUAAUAUAAAUUAUCAAGUUCUUUGUCAUUGGUAAUGGCCGAUAUCUAUUAUUUAUUUGGAUCAAUAAUAGCAUCUGGUCUUACCUUAUGUUUGAAAAAAAAAAUAGAGAACCAAUAACUAAUAUUUUUUAAGAGGAAUCUACUGUUUGUCUUGAUGUUGUUUUGACGUUGUGCUUACCCGAAUGGCUUAUUUUUGUCGAAUCACGAUGUUCUUCAUUAUUUAGUUAUUUGGGUUAUUUGAGUUGGCUUUGAGGAUUUUUAAAAUUUUCACCCACCCACCCUGUAUUUAAUAAAUAAGCACAAAUUUAAUCACAAAGUUAUUUUGAUUUGCCUGGAAUUUAAAGAUCGGAAGCAUUAUUUUAUUCAUGCCAAAUUUACAUUGAUUUCUCUUAUUUAAAAAAAAAAUGGUUUAUGAGGCAUGAUGCAAAAUUAAUGUGUUUAGCCUGAUACAAUAUAACAGUAUUUGAAAUUUCUAGACUUGGGUUUCAUACAGAAAAAAUAUGAAGCUGUAAAAAUUGCUGGCUCAAUUAUUUUGAAAAAAAAAAAUCUGUGGCGUUGUCUGAGGUUUAGUAAAUAUGAAAAAAAAAAAAUUCUGUUUGGGGUUUUACUUCUUCACGUGUUAUAUACAACAUACAUUAAAAUAAUUGUUUACUGGUUAUGGCUGAUUUUAGAAUGACAAUCUUAAGUAUAAAAAAUUUCAGGCUAAUAUGCACAGAUUCCUUGUCUUAAUUAAAGAAACAAUAUUAAUAUCCUACAAAAUCCCUGCAGUCCCUAACUUUGUAUAAAAAAAAAGUUGCACUUUAUUCACCUUAUUGGUUGCCAUUUUGUUAAUUUUAAACCCUUACCUUUUUGUGGCUUUUGACCAUUUUUGUUUCCUUUUUUCCCCCGUGUUUCUAUGACAUGCAGAUGUUUAAAGCUAUCACCAGGCAGGUUUUGGAUACCAAGAAAAAACAACAGCGUGAAGCCCAAAAAUCCAGUGACAACACAAUACAACUGAGUGCAGGGGGUGCCAAGAAGAAGAAAAAAUGCUGCUAGCCUUUGGCUAGAUAUUAGAAUGUAAAUCCACCUCCACUUAAAAUUAAAUAACACCUAGAUUCUUUCUGAAAGGGAAGGAUUUUUUUCACUAAGCAAUUGGUUACUAACAUUUACUGACUGCUGUGGAAUAUAUAACAUAAUAAUAAUGUUUAUUUUUCUAACAAUUUUAAUCUUGGCAAUUAUUAGUCAUUAUGAUAUGACAUUCUAAAAAGAUAUAAAAAAAAUUAUAACAAAAUUAUAUUAUUUAAAUGGUUUGCUUAAUCAUGAGUGAGAACUAAAAGUUAUUUUCCAUGAUUUGUUUUAACUCUUAUCCAUUUGAAUGAAAAGUACAUUAAGUAUGGUUGUUUGAUACAAUAACAUGGCCUGUUACAUCUCUGCACUUUUUAAUUUAUCCACCACAACUAACUCAAGGUAGUUACGUUAAGGAUAAAUGGCAUGCUUAAAUGUUUCAUACAUAAUGUCCAAUGUACCAUACUAUUCAUGAUAAUAUUUAAUGCUAAUAGAGACAGAAACAUUGUUUUACUUUCAAUAGUCAAUACAGAGGCUAAGACUAGUUUUAUACAUAUUCAAGCUGGUGGCCUGUGCCUGCAGGCUGAUAGAUUUGCUCCAGCUGUUGGUUAGUUUCUAAAGAAUGAUUUAAGAAUUGCACACUGAUAUUCACUGGUUAGAGUUUUAAUGAUGUGUGACACAUUUUAUAGAUUCUUUUGAAAUGCAUUUAACUUGGUGAUGGCUGCUGUUAUUUUGGCCAGCUUAUUCAAUUGAAAUACUUUAUGUUUUUGUAUAAAAAAAGUGUUGUUUAGCAUAGUAAAAUACAAACAAUACCUCCUAGAAGCAUUGCACUUUGAGGAAAUUGAUUCCCUUUGUAAUAAAUAGUUCCCAUUUGUUGUUAUUAACAUGAAAUAAAUUUCAAAUGUUAAUAUGUUUUAUUUAACACAAUUACUCUUUUAAGAGAUUUUUUCACAUGCUUGAGAAAUUUCAUUGUAAACUACUACAUUUAUCAUCUAUAUGUUUUAACUGAUAAUGAUUAAGAAUCAGCUUCUAAUAUAGUUUUCCAUCACAUUUACCAGCACAAUUUGUUCCCCCAUACUCUGCUACUCAAUCUGAACCAUUUAUUUACUGGGAUUCAUCUUUAUUUUCAUCAUAAAUUUUUAUAUAUCCAUUUCUAACCACCUUUUUUUCCCCCUCAGAUGUUUAUGGCAAUAACCAAACUGGUCCUAGAGUCAAAGCGCAAGAUGCAGGAAGAAGCCAGGAAGCCCCCUGCCAACACAAUACGUGUAGGAGCCAACGCAGGGAAGCAGGCCAAGAAAAAGUGCUGUUAACCUUUGGUUUAUGCCACUAAUUUAACCAAUUCAGUUUGUCUUCUUACUUUCACACAAAACCCUGGAAUGUGCUAAUUUAAUCUGCUGUAAACUUUCAAUAUUAUUUUUAUGCCACAAUUGGGAAUCUUUUUUUUUUUUUUGUUGUUGUUGCUUAUGAGCCGAAGGAAAAUGUUCACUAAGUAGAUUUAAAAAAAAACAACAGUUUUUUGUUGUUGUUGCAGCAUAUUUUAUUAGCUCAAACCUAUAUUUCUCAUUUAAAUGAACUGCUGUAUCCAUUCUUUGAAACCUUUAAUUGCUUCAGUAGACUCUGACAAGAUACCACUUGGGAUCAAAAUGAAAUACAAAUUAAUGUCUUAAAGUAAUGACAAAUGUUUCAUCUCAGUCAGGUCAGUUAGAUUCCAAAUAUUGCCGAAAGUUUUCAAGCAAGUCUACUCACUGGAUGAUACCGUUCUUAAAAUAAUAUUAACUACCUAUGUUCAUGCUAUCUCUAAUAAAUUGCACAGAAUUCUGACAUAAAGUGUGUAGAAAUGUGGAGGAUACUAUCUAAAGGACUGAACCAUAGCUGUAAUUGGUGCGAUGAAAUUUUAUGAAUAAUAGACUAAUAAUUUCUCUUGUGAUUGAUAUUUUUGAGAACCACUUAUCAAUAAAACUUUUAAUCAUAAUUGAAUAAACAUUUAAUACUCAUUUUUUAAAAAUUACAACUUUUUCUGGGGACAUUCAAUUCUGUCAUCUAAUUAUGUUUGAUACAUUUGUAUAAUGAAAACAAAACAAUACUUUUGUUUGUGAUGAUUUUGUCAUGAUGCUAACCAAUUAGAAUAUAACUUGAUUUUGCCAACUUCAGACACAGGAGAAGUCACAUGAAUAUGCAUAUCUUACAAUUAAAUAGACUGAGAAUACUUAGUUUCUAUUUAUGUCUGAGAAUACUUAGUUUUUAUUUAUAUAAUAUACCUUCACAUAAGCAUCUGCAGAUGGAGUCUACUGCAAGCUGUGUCCCAUUACCAUAUGGUGACCUUAGUUUCACACCAUUAGUUCUGUCAUUUAUUAGUGCCCUUGUCUUCUUACUGGCAGUUUAUUGUGAUAUGCCAUGACUUCUGUUAAACAGUGGUUUUGAACUUAUCGAUCCCCACACUUGUCCGUCAGCUUGGGAUUUUAAAAUUAAUUUCAUGUUGCCUAUUUCCUAAGGCUUGUGGGGAAUUUGAUUAUUGUGGUAGAAGCUUGCAAGGAAGCCUUGUGCAUAGUAAACCUUUGGUUCAGAACUGCUGUCUUUAGAUCAAAUGUGUAUAAAUGUUUAGCAUUUAACUGCCUUUGUGUGGCCAGAAUUUGCUUGAAAACUAUUAUUUUUGACCUGCAGAAAUGUUAUAUAUAUAUAUAUAUAUAUAUAAAUAUACAUAUAUAUGUUGAAUCAAGUAAUAUAAUUGUUUGAAAUACUUGUUUUUUUUUUUUAAAGUGUAGACUGCAAGUCUCAUGAGUGAGUAAGUCUUUUAGGUUAGUAUGUUAAUGUAAUUUUUAAAAAUGUUUAUCGACAAAGCCUCUUGACUUGAAGAACAGAAUUCUGUUCAGAAUUGUGCUUUUGCAUGCAGAAACCAACAAAACAUAACAUGAUUUUCACAUGAAACAUUUUUAAUACAUUAUUUUUAACAAAACUGAUGUACAAAAUUAUUUGGGGAUUUGCUUGAACCCCUGUAAGACAUAAGUGUUUGUCUCAACUGAGGUAGGGCUGAUGUAGUCAGCUGUAGCUCCGUGGAUUUUUAUUUAAAUUUUAUCGUGUAUGGUUUAAUAAAUGUUGUUACAUACACAGAAAUGACUCAGUGAUUUAAGAUGCAUGCAUGGGUCCCCAACGAAUCAAGCAUAUCACAGGGGAUAAUACAUUACCGCAUUAAAAAUUGUUAGCAAAAACUAUUUUGUCCUUCCUUUAAGUUGAAACAAAGAAAUGAUUUGCUUCAAAUUAUUCACUAAAAAAGAAAACCUUAUUACUAAGGACAAAAUGUAAAUUCCUUUAUGAUAGAGAGCGAAAUAGAUUUUAAAUAUACAAAAAUUACAUUUCUGUGUGAGGGAAAAUUGUGAAUGUACAAAACUUUACAGACUGGAGGCAUUCAAUGAAUCACACACACAAAGGAAUGGCUUCAAACAAAUGGUUUCAAAGAAGAUUUGGAAUAGUCAUUAUAAAUAAUGUUUACUUUCAUUUAAUGAUUUUAAUAACUGCUAAACAUAGGGCCCCCCCUCCUCUGCCCUCAUCUUUUUUAAAGGGAGGUAACAGUCUAAAUUUUCUCACCAAUUAUGGCCCUAUGAAGUUGGGAAUAAAGGGUGGGGUAGGGGAGAGAGAAAAAUAUAUUUAGUUUUUGUGUGAUUGAUGUUUUUGGCCAUUGCAUUUAGCCUGCAGGUAUGUUUGAGGAAGGAGAAGCCCCAGUGUAGAUAGUAUGUGUACAUAAUCAUUAAUUGUUCAAUGGCUGGUCCAAUGUUUAGGAAAAGCAAUAGAAAUGUUGUCUGUUGAUUUACUCAUGCUAUCAAUCAAGGAGAGGUAACUGUUUUAACUAUAAGUUAAACUAUCAGUUAUAGUAUAGCUUCUCAGAGAUCUCCCUGUCUUAUUCUUUGAGAUGAACACAAAAGACCCGAUUGGGAAAACACAAUGAAUGUUGCUUCUGUUAAAAAAUUGUUGUUUGACUAAAAAAAAUAAUUGUAAUUUAUCAUUGCUUGGACCAACUGGGAGGUGUUAUUUUUUUUAAAAAAUUUUUUUUAGUAGGUGAAGUAUAAGAUAUUUAUAUUAUGUUGAGCUCAAUGAGUGAAUGACCUGUAACAUGUGGAGGAGUGACAGAGGAAAUAACUGUAGGAUUGAAUCUUUUUUUUUUGAUAACCAUUCAGUUGUUGGGUGUUUUUUGUUUUUUUAAAAAUUGUUUUAUUGUAAAAUGUAACAAUUGUCUUAAUUUUCAAAGUUUGAUAAUUUUUAUCAGCUCUUUCUUUGCUCACAUGGAAUUCAUUCAAAAAAUUAAAUCUGUGUUUGGUUGUAACUUACUCUAUGACAGGACAGAAUUGCUAUAUUACUAUUAAUGUUAUGGCCUUGUUCAAAUAAGAUUUUUUCUUUCCACCUGUUAAGUUUAUGUAAGUCAUUUGCGAGGGCUCGACCUGGAUGUUGAGGAUCAAGCUCUUUUAAUGAGAAUGUAUUAAUUUCAAUUAAGAAUAUUACUUAUCCUUGUCUAAUGCACAGUUUAUUUUUUUGCUCACUCCCCAUUUUAACUUUAUUUAAAUUAAAGUGAAGAAUAAAAAGUCUGGAUGAAACAUUGAGGUUAAAAGGCUGUAGUGAUGGAAUAGCUUUUGAUGCCUCCACUGCUUUCCUGUUGAUUUGUUUUAUUUUUUCCUCUUCCAGUCAUUAAAACAAAAGAACUACUAUUCAUUUCUGUUUACAUGCUAGAUAGCUGUAGGUCUAAUCGAGUAGUUCAGAUAGAGCAAGUUUGCAAUGUUGUUAAUCUUAGGUAUGGCAGAGUCAGUGUUUCAGUUUGAUUUAUUAUAUCUUUUUCAAUAUUGUUUAGUGGAUAGGUGGAACUAUAAAAAUAGAACUGCCUUGGUUGACUUUAAUUUUGUUUUAAAAAUCCUGUUAGUCUUAAAAGUUUUUUUUUUUUUUUUGCUGUGGACUAAGGAGACCAUUUUCUAAAGAUAUUAAUUAUGAGUUUUGAAAUAGUUUUUUUUUUUUUUGCAUGG